AUGGGGCCCAUUUGCUAUACUGUCACACACAAACUACGCCUGCCCUCACAGGAUGGCGUAUCCUAUCAUGAGGAGCUUAUCGAGUUCUUCGUUGCGGACAUCGGGGACCACGAUCUCAUCCUCGGUACGGACUGGCUUCACAUGCACAACCCAGAGGUCGAUUGGUCUAAGUCGCGCGUUGACAUGACCCGUUGCCCUCCGGACUGCACACUUGUCAACCCUCCUGUUACCCACCUUCGCACACUCCGCCCGCCAUCAUCAGGACGGCCUGUCUCUAUCGAAGAGGUUGACGAUGACGAGGACAUCCACCUUCGUGCAUGGCAGCGGGCUUCAGCAUUACCCGUCGACUCCCCUCUUCUCAUCGAUACUGGCGACGAUGCGCCUGAACUCCUUUCCAUUCCGGUGGCGCGCAGAAACCCUGUCACAAUAGAAACGGCUCCGGAUGCCGAGGACAUACGCCUUCGCCUACAGCUGCGCGCUCGUUCCCUGGAUACAACGCUGGAGGAACUGCCUACCACCGAUGAGACAGCAGCCGCGCCAUCUACACCCAUAGCGUCAUUUCAGCUGGACCAGAACUAUGAAGAUGAGUUGGAGGACGUUGCCUCUAUCCCCGUAUCGGUUGAUUGGGUACUCAGAGGCCUACAGCUUGCGCGGAUCGUCCCCGACAUUGAGCACUGCACGUUUGAGCCGGGCGAUACCAUCCUGUUCACGACAGACUACACUGAGGACACCGAAGACAACGACGAUCCGACCGUUUACAUCCGCGCAGGCUUCACACGGUCACAGGAGCUGGCGGAAGAGCAUGCGGCACAGGCCCCAGCUAAGUCCUUUGAAGAACUUGUCCCAGAACAAUACCGACCAUGGAUUAAGGUGUUCGACAAGAAGGUCUCAGAGCGCCUACCAGAGCACGGCAAACACGACCACACCAUCGACCUCAAGCCGGAGUUUGAGAAACGCUUAGAGACCCACCCCAUCAAUGCCAAGCUCUACCCCCAGCCCGGCAACGAAAAGGCGGCCAUGGAGGCAUUCAUCAAGGAGCAUCGGGAUCGUGGCACCAUUCGCCCCUCAAAAUCACCAAUGGCAAGUCCGUUCUUCUUCGUCAAAAAGAAAGACGGCACUCUGCGCCCCGUACAGGACUAUCGUAUCCUCAACUCGGGUACCAUCAAGAACACGUAUCCGCUCCCGCUCAUCGGAGAUAUUGUCGACCGUCUCACAGGCGCCAAGGUCUUCUCUAAGAUGGACGUCCGGUGGGGCUACAACAAUAUUCGGAUCAAGGAGGGCGACGAAUGGAAGGCCGCGUUCAAGACAAGCUUAGGACUAUUUGAACCCCUGGUGAUGUUCUUCGGCUUGACGAAUUCGCCCGCCACUUUUCAGACUAUGAUGAAUGAGGUUUUCAGGGACAUGAUUGACGAGGGUGUCAUCAGUAUCUACAUGGACGACAUCCUGGUGCACACAAAGGACAUCACCCAACAUCGGGACGUAGUGCGACGCGUACUCCAGCGGCUGGACGAAAACGACUUGUACCUGAAGCCCGAGAAGUGCCAGUUCGAACAGGACCAGGUCGAGUUCUUGGGCCUCGUCGUUUCGCACAACCACCUCGCCAUGGAUCCAGUCAAGGUCGCUGGCGUAAUGGACUGGCCACGACCGCGCAAUGUUAAGGAGGUCCAGUCAUUCAUCGGAUUUGCCAACUUCUACCGCCGCUUCAUCACCGACUUCUCGUUCAUCGCGCGCCCACUCUUCGAGUUGACCAAGAAGACAGUCACCUGGCGCUGGGGAGAUGCAGAGCAAGAGGCCUUUGAUCAGAUGAAACAAGCAUUUACGUCGUCUCCUGUCCUCCUCAUGCCAGACCCUACUAAGCCAUACCGGGUAGAAUGUGACGCGUCAGACUUUGCCAUUGGCGCUGUCCUGUCACAAUGCGGUGAAGACAACGACUGGCACCCGGUGGCGUAUCUGUCCCAUGCUCUCACCGCUCCAGAACGCAACUACGACACUCACGACAAGGAACUACUGGCCAUCAUCCGCGCGCUCGAGGAUUGGCGUCACUACCUUGAAGGUUCUCCUCACCAAGUUGAGAUCUUCACCGACCACAAGAACCUCGAGUACUUCACCACGGCACAGAAGUUGAACAGACACCAGGCUCGCUGGGCCCUAUACCUCUCGCGUUUCGACUUCAUCCUUCGCCAUCGCCCUGGCCGAUACAACCAUGCUGACCCCAUGUCCCGUCGUCCUGAUCAUCGACUCGGCGUCUCCGAGGACAACUCCAACCGCAUCCUGUUCCUGGCGGCCGAGGUAACCAUCAACGCUGCUCAGUUGGUAUCCCUGGACGACGUCAGGCAACGGAUCCUGGAUACAGACACGAAGGACCAAGAAGUGACAGAGGCCCUACGCAUCAUUGACGAGGAGGGGCCGGCUGCACUGAAGCGCAAGCUCGUCGGUUGGGAGCAGAAGGACGGUCUUCUCACAUACAAUGGCCGCCUCUACAUCCCUGAAGAUCAGGACCUGCGGCGGGACAUUGUGCGCCUUUGCCACGAUACACCAGCUGCGGGCCACCCUGGACGCAUGCGUACGAUGGAGCUCGUGCAACGGGACUUCUGGUGGCCUGGUAUGUCUGUUUUCAUCCGCGAAUACAUCCGAGGCUGUGCCACCUGUCAGCGCAUGAAGAUUCGCAACCACCCGCCGGAGAUACCGCUACAUCCAAACGAGAUCCCCACUCGUCCCUUCCAGAUCAUGACGACCGACUUCAUCACCGACCUUCCACCCUGUCAAGGCUUCGACUCAAUUGCCGUAUACGUGGACCGCGGAUACAAGAUGGUUUAUAUCGCUCCAACGACCAAGACAGUGGACAGCUUGGGAUCCGCAUCCCUGUUCAUGCGCUACGUCUUCCCUCAUACUGGCCUUAUGGAGCAACUUAUCUCUGAUCGCGGUAGCCAGUUUGCCAGUGAUACCACUCGGACACUGCUCACUAAGCUCGGCGUCAAAUCCUCGCUCAGCACCUCGUAUCAUCCACAGACGGAUGGCCAGACGGAACGUUUCAACCAAGAGCUGGAGCAAUACCUGCGCGCCUUCUGCAAUUUCCGUCAGGACGAUUGGGUGGACUGGCUUCCGCUGGCCCAGUUCGCACACAACUCUCAAGUCCAAGCGUCCACCGGCAAAUCACCGUUUGAGCUCCUUUACGGCUUCACGCCACGCGCCUACCCCCAACUCGCCCCUACCGCACGCUUCCCUUACUUACGAGAGCGGCUGCGCCACCUUGAGUCUGUGCGCGAAGAAGCUCAGGCCAGCCUUCGGAUCGCGGCGGAACUCAUGAAGGACCGUCACGGCGUGCCAGAAGCGACUUACAAACCGUUCAAGAUUGGCGACAAGGUCUGGCUCGAGGGCAAGAACCUCAAGUCUGUACGGCCGAAGGCCAAACUAGACGCCAAACGACAUGGGCCAUUCGCUGUCACGGAGGUCCUUGGGGAUCCUGAGACGGCCAUUAAUUUCCGUCUGGACAUCCCCAAGACUUGGAAGCGCAUCCAUCCGGUCUUCCACGCUCAACUCCUCACUCCAUACGUGGAGACGCCCGAGCACGGCCCUAACUACACGGAAGAGCCGCCUGAACUGGUCAACGAUGAGGAGGAGUACGUGGUGGAGGCCAUUCUGAACGGCCAAGAGACCAGGAAUAAGCGCGGAUUCGAGUACCUCGUCAAAUGGGAGGGCUACCCGGACACUGCAAACCUGUGGCGCCCGGCGUCUGCCCUCAAGAAUGCCAAGGAUGCUAUAGAUGAGUACCACAAACGUCAUCCUCGAGCACCACGCCCAAAGAAUUACCAGGGACCAUAA